UAUUAUUGUUCCAACGCCGUCUACCAAUCAACAUGGCAACUAGUGUCUUCUCUCUUCUCACAUGUCUGUUUAUAUCUUUUUCCAUAGGAUUUUUUUUCCAACAUUUUCUUUUUCCUCUUCUCUCUUUUUCCCUUUUUCUCUCUCCCUCUCUUUCUAUUUUCCAUUUUCUCUUUCCAUUUUUCUCUCUUUCUCUCUCUCUCUCACACACACACACACACUGUUAAUUCAUUUUUCAAUCUUAAAAAAAUCCAUUGUUCUUGUACAUUGAAACAUUUUUUUUGUGUUUAUAUUUCAAUAAUAAUACUACGACUAAUAUAAAAGUUGAAUACAACAUAUAACCUAAUACAAGUGUCUACACCUUACUCUCUCUCUCUCUCUCAAUCUCGGCUUGUUUUUGGCUUGGUUUAAAUUCUAUUCUCUUUUCUUUUCUGUUAAGCCUCACGUGUUUAUGUUUUUCUUUUUCACUGGUGUUUGGUAUUUUCUCUCUUUCUAUCUUCUCUCUUUUCUCUUUCUCUCUGCUUGGUGAUUAUAUAUAAUUUACUUUCUCUCUCUCACUUGUGAUGCCUAAAUUGUUACUUGACAGUGACGAUGAAGAUGCUUCUGGUUCCCUCGGUGGUUCCAAUAAAAGUAAACUAACCAUAAACGAAAGCUAUGCCACCGCUUAUGAAAGAUGGAGACGUAAAGAGGAAUAUCAAAGGUUAAAGGAUAAAUACGGUGAAGAUAUUCUUAGUGAGGACAGUGUUGCCUCAGGUGAUGAUGAUGAUGAUGAUGAUGAUGAUGAUAGUGAAAGUGACGAUUCUUCCGAUGUUGAUGAGACCAUAUUUGAUCAGCAAUUUCUUUCGGUCUAUGGAGCCCUGAAAGCGAGAGAUCCUCACAUCUAUGAUGAGAAGGUGCGAUUCUUUGAGGAAGAUGAAAAUUCAGGUUCCAAUGAAGAUGAUGAUGAUGGAAAAUCAUCGAAAAAGGUGAAAUCUUCUAAAGGAAUGAAUCUAUUAGAAUAUCAUGUGAAUUUGGUGAAAACGCAAAAAGGUAUGACAGAGGAAGAUCGAGCAAUGGAAACUGGUACCAGUGGAAUUGACCCGAAAAAUGGACCUGACAAAGCGAGUUAUGUACAAGAGAUGGAGAGUAUUAAGAAAGAGUUUAAAAAUAUUCUUCAAGAUGAUGAAGAUGGAGAUGAUUUGAUUAAAGGUGUAAAGAAAGUACCUGUUCGAGAAAGGAAACCUGAUCCAUCGGAGGUUCUUCGAGGUGCAUCCAAAAGCGAUAAACGGAUCGGAUUCUUGGCCAAUUAUUGGGAUAAAAAGGAUUUAGAUGAUCGAGAGAAAUUUCUUAAAGAUUAUAUUUUAGAGAAAAAAUAUUUAGACCCAGCUGAUAGAGAUGAUGGAAUCACAAGUAGCAGGUUAUCAUCACAAGUUCAGCCAUCGACAAAUGAAGAUGAAGAUGAAGAUGAAGAUGAAAGUGAUGAUGAUGACGACGAAGAAAAGAAAAAUGCAAAUGCAAUUCCAAUCUCAUCUAAAUUAUCCCAAAUGACGGAAAAAUCUGCAACCUACCAUUUCCAAGAGACCGAUCCCGAAGUGAUCAAAAGGUAUCCUCGAGAAGUUGAAAGUGUUCGUAAUCUAACUGGUUCAACAAUUCGAAAUGCAAAACGAAGCGAAACAAAGGAACGAAAAGCGAAAGAAAAACAAGAAGCAUUACAAAGAUUUCGCGAUUUACGUCGUCAAGAAGUUAAAGCGAAAUUAGCUAAACUAAAAGAAAUCAGUGGAAACGAUCGCCUAUUAACCGAUAAGGAGAUUGACAUCGAUACAAUUGUCGACGAUAUAACCAAUUUCGAUCCCGAAAAGUAUGACCAGUGUAUGUCGAAACUGUUUGAUGUUCAAUUCUAUGACGUUUCAACCAAUCCGAAUGAAAUUGCAAUAAGCAAACCCAAAUUUGACUUUAUUCCUGGUAUCGAUGAUGUAGAUGACAAUCUUAACCCAAUCGACCAAGGUGAAGGAACCAAGGAAGAUGAAGACGAUGAGCUGGUGGAUAUUUAUGACGAUGGUUAUGGUGAUGAAGUUGAGGUUGAGGUUGAAGAAGAAGAAGAAGAAGAAGAUGAUGAUGAUGGUCCAUCCACUUCGAAAGGAAAAAGAAAGAAGAAAGAAAAGAAAAAAGUUACCAAAGAACCUGCUGAGAAGAAGAAUAUCGGAAUUUAUGAAGAUUUGAUUGCUGGUGAAGUUCCAACGCGUUUUCGAUAUCGUCAAGUUCCUGCAAAUGAUUUUGGUCUUUCCCCGGAGGAGCUUUUGUUUGCAGAUGAUAAAGAUUUAAAUCGUUGGGUUACUCUUAAGAAAACUUCGCAACAUCGAACUAUGGAAGAGGAAAAAUAUGAUAUUAAAGUUUAUGGUCGAAAAGGGAAAGAUUUUUCAUUGAAGAAGAAAAUUUUGAAAAGUAUUUACGAUCCUGAGGCUGCAAAAGAGGAAGAUGAAGAUGGUGCUGGCGGUGAAGGCGAAGGCGAAGGCGAAGAUAAAGAUGGAGACGAACAACAACAACAACAAUCAAAUCGAAACAGCGUUAAUUCUGGUGCAAGUUUCAGUUCCCGUAAGAGAAGAAGACAAGAAGAAAGAGAUUUACAAAGAAUGAAUCUAACCGAAGAUCGGUUGCGAUCUUACGAUUUACCUGUUAAAGCGAUUAGAUCACUGAAAGGUCGAUUACAUCGCCAGCGAAAUGAACGUCGAAACAGACGAAGAUGAAAAUUGUUAUUUUCGAUUAUCUAAAAAAAAAAGAAACAAGUUAAUCUUUUCCAUUUUAACAGAAAUUUUAUUCUUGCUUUUCGCCCUAAAGUUCAACGUUUCAUCAAAAUAUUUUCAUAGACUUGGAACAACAACAAACAUGAGCGACUUUUGCAAAGGAAAACCUGAAUUUCGGAUGGAAAGUGUAUUUUCAGGGUUACCCUGGUCAAGAAAAGCAAUAUAAUUAAAAUUGCAAUUGAACGUUAACAUCAUGAAAAAGUUCAAUGAACUAAACCAUUGGAUGUAAAAAAAUAAAUUACAUUUAUAUUUAUAACCGAAUAGCAAUUAAAUUAAAAUUGGCUAUUGCAAAGUACCAAGUUGUUAAUCGAGAGGAUUUUGCAAAAAUCCAUUGAAACACCAAUUAAAUAUAAAUAUAAAUAUGGAAAAAAGUUUCAUCCCAAACAA